AUGGCGAUCAUGACAAGCCAACUAUAUAUCCUGCGUAUCUUUUGCCUUCUAGUCUCUUUGCAGGCGAAGUCACAAAUGGAUAUACCAAACCAGGUAGCACAAAGCAUCUCGGCUGAAAUACUCAGUCACAUUUGCGGCCUGCUUGACUAUCGCGAGAAGCUAAACUGUGUAUGGGAAGAGAUGGCACGUCAUAGAGUGAGCAGUGGCUGGGCUGCUCUUUUCUUUCGCUUACUCACGCUUGCCGCUCAUGGCACCCCACGGUCCUUCACUAUUUUUACCAGAUUACAGAAUAUCGACGGAAAACUGUCUGAUAGCUACACCCAAGGACAAGAUAUUUUUUAUCCUGCUCUUGCUAUAGCAGCUUCUAAUGGCUGCUCCGAGUUUGCUCAUUCUGCAAAUGGUUUGCUAGUAAACGAGAGAGUUGUUGACAGCAUCAGAAUCAUGUGUCUUACCGAGGACCCUCGUUCUAUCCAGUUUUACCUAAGGUCUGCGAGAUGCAUUUUCGUAUUUCUCAGCAAGGAGCGUGAGGACAUGAUUGUCUCGGAUCCUUACGAGCAGGUUCAGUCAGUUGCCAAGUGUAUCCAGAAACUGUUCCCCAAUGCAAAGGGCCACUCGUUUACUGCUGCUUGCGGGAUACACAGCAAGCGCGAGGAAGGCUGA